AUGGCUUCCACACCAUUCACAAAAGGCCUCGAGGGAACCGCCGUCCUAGUUGGGUCAUUUCUAUCCGGCUCAAUGAUGACUAUAUCUCUAAUAUCAAUCCCCGUUGCUCUACAGACAGCAACAGAGCCGUCUCAUCUCCUGCACCAGUGGACCCGCAUGUACUACUAUGGCCAUCGGCUGCAUCCCACAAUAGCAGCCCUAACAUCUACAGUCUACGGCUACUGCGCGUGGCAGCGGAAGGCCGCGAACAAGUCUUGGUCUGCUCUGGCUUUGGCUGGACUGGUCACUGUGUCCAUAACCCCGUUUACGUGGUUGUUCAUACUGCCUACGAACAAGGCGAUCAAGGAUCUGGCGAGCGAGAGUCAGGAUGCUGCGCUUGUUGGGAUGGAUGAUGUUAGACGGUUGGUUGUGAAGUGGAGUUGGAUGCAUCUGGUCAGAAGCGUUUUUCCGCUGGUUGGGGGGGUUAUUGCUAUGAAUCAGCUACUAUAA